CUCCCGCUGCCGCUCGCCCGGAGACCGGGUUCGGUUGCUGCUGAGACGCCGAGGUUUUGUUUUGUUUUGUUUUGUUUUGUUUUCCCGGAUGACUGGAAUCGAGGGAUCAUGACGGGGAAGAAGUCUUCCCGGGAGAAGCGUCGUAAACGGAGCAGCCAGGAAGUGGCGCCUUCGCUCACGACCCCGGACGUGGUCCCGGCCCUGGCCAGCAGCGGCAGUGGAAGUACUAGCGGCUGCGGCAGCGCCAGCGGCUGCGGGAGCGUCAGCUGCUGCGGGAACGCGGGCUCCGGCGGCGGCGGCGCGGGCGGCGCGGGCGGCGGCGCGGAGCGCGGCGAGCGCCGGAAGCGGAGGAGCACGGACUCGUCCUCCAGCGUGUCGGGCUCCCUGCCGCAGGAAACCAAAUCUCUCUUGCCAACUUCGGAAAAAGAAUUACUUUUGGCAGAGCACAGUGACCUUGAAGAAGGUGGACUGGAUUUGACUGUGUCAUUAAAACCAGUUAGUUUCUAUAUAUCAGAUAAAAAAGAAAUGCUUCAGCAGUGCUUCUGUAUUAUAGGAGAGAAGAAGUUACAGAAGAUGCUUCCUGAUGUAUUAAAGAACUGUUCAAUAGAGGAAAUUAAAAAACUAUGCCAAGAACAAUUAGAGCUCCUAUCUGAAAAAAAAAUCCUGAAGAUUCUUGAGGGUGACAAUGGUGUGGACUCUGAUAUGGAAGAGGAGGCAGAUGAUGGCUCCAAGAUGGGAUCUGAUUUAGUCAAUCAACAAGAUACCUGUAUAGAUUCUACUUCUUCCCUGAGAGAAAAUAAACAGCUGGAAUGUUUGGAGUUAAAACAAGGUAAAGGGGAAGAUAGUGAUGUACUCAGUAUAAAUGCAGAUGCUUAUGACAGCGACAUAGAAGGCCCAUGCAAUGAAGAAACUGCUGCUCCUGAGGCCCCAGAAAAUACAGUCCAAAGUGAAGCAGGUCAGAUAGAUGACCUGGAGAAAGAUAUUGAAAAAAGUGUGAAUGAGAUUCUGGGACUGGCAGAGUCUAGCACAAAGGAACCAAAGACAGCCACCCUGACUGUUCCUCCACCAGAAGAUGUUCAGCCUUCUGCUCAGCAAUUGGAGCUGCUGGAACUUGAGAUGAGGGCAAGAGCAAUUAAGGCCCUGAUGAAAGCUGGUGAUGUAAAAAAACCAGCCUAGAUAUUUCACUUCACUUUGAAUUGUUGGUGUGCUUGAAUGAAGCCAUGUCAUGUAAUUUUGUAUCUGAAAUUUCUUUUUGGUCUUUUGUGGUGUUUCUCAUGUAACCCUUAUUAGAUAAAUUCAUCUUAGGUCUGAAAUACUUUUUUUUAAAAAAAUCUUUUAUAUUUUAUAUGUAUGUCUAAAUUCAUGGCAAAUAUAAUUGGAUAGCCUGAUACUUUUUUAGAUGAUUAUUUAGCUAUGUCUGCAAAUGAAUCUCUUAAAAGCCAUUAGGAAAGAGUCCUAGGAUUCCCCCUCCCCCCCUUUUUUUUAAACUAUUUUGGCCAACACACCCAAAUGCUUUAAGAAAGAUUGAUCAAGCAUGUUUAUCUUAAGGCUACCUAUAUUUUGCGACUGAAGGUUAAAAUUAUUGCUCCUAGAUUUCUUAACAAUAAAAGAAAUUUAGUUUUGUGUAAAUGUACUUUAAAAUACGCCUAAUUUUGAAGAUGCCUUCUAUGGAUUCAGACUUCCUGGUUCAGAUUGAGUAACAGUUUGCAUUAUAAGUCUUAGAGCUCUGAGAUGGUUGUGAAAAGUUGUUUUGUGUGUGUGUGUGUGUGUGUGUGUGUGUGGUUUUUUUUUUGUACAGAAAAAAAGACCUCAAUGUAUGGCAUUUUCCAAUAAUGCAGAACUAUCUGCCCAUGCUUAAUUCCAGCAGACAAACCAUUCUGACAGGUGUUUGAUCCUAUUGGGCUCUUGGUUUCAUCAUCAUCAUCAUUAUCAUCAUCAUCAUUAUUAUUAUUUAUUUUUAAUUAAAAAAGGAACAAAUUUUCAUUCACAUUCCAAAAAGCUACCAGGAAAUGCUGAAUAUUUUAUUAUAAAGGGUUUAUCUGACAACAUUGCUUAAAGAUCUGAUGUGCUAUAAUUCAAUGAAUUAAAGUAAUAAAAAACUAUAAUUCUGGAUCUGAAGAUUUGAUACUUUUCCCAAAGCAAAAUUAAUUUCAGGAACCUUUCUUUUAUAAGUUGAUGUUAAAAUUAAUUUUGUAUAGUUUUUGUAUACAGCAUCUUGCCAUAAAUAUAGAUGCUUUUUCCCAGUACCAAUUUCAAUGUUUGAUACCAAAAUAGAAUUAGGCAGGGUCUCUUAGUUUAAAUAAAUUAAUUUUUUUCUAAAAUAUAAAUCUGGACUUGUUUUGUAUUUGAUAACAAAUGUAGUAUAUUUUAUUUGUAAGCCAUUCUAUAUUGUAUGCCUAUUAGUUAUACAAGGAUUCUCCUUAUACACAACUUGCAGAGAUUGUGUUUUAUUAGCUAACUUAAUUAUGUUAAUUUUAGAGAAUUUUCUCAGUGGACAUAGAGUUAAUGGACAUUAAUGAAUUAUUGGUGUUGCAGCAGAAAGUUUUAUUAUUUGUUCCUGAAUAUGUCUUUAACCAUCUCUUUUUUUCCUCUCUGAAUCUUUCUAAUGAAGCGCAGAAGCCUCUGUCAUUUGAAACACUUCUUUUAGACUAGUAAACAUGGGUGUAAUCCCAGUAGUUCUCAUUGUUAUUGCUCAAGAUGAAAAAAUGAUUAUAGUAAAAUAUUUUUUCUAUUACUCCUUAAACUAAAAGUUAAAUAAAGUAGUACAGAAUAAACAGUAGUUCCUACAAAUUAUAAAACACAGUAGAUGGCAUUGUGUGAUUUAAUAUCCAAGAGUA